CUGUGAAGGUGGCGGCAGAGGCAGCCUCGGCUGCGGCGCGCCCCACUGCCGCUCGCCGUGAGGGAGCGCCCCGGCAGCCGCCAGACAGUUAAGGAGGUCUGAAGAUUGGAAUAUCAGUGGCCCUGUGCCGAGUUUAACAAUUAAGUGAGGCGUGGAGCUGGAAAACUUGGCAGAAAACUCUUUUGUCUUUCCUGCUUGUAUCUAUGGAACCUGGUUUGCAAGGUUGGUAUUAAGAUAGUCUGAAGGAAGGAAGUAGUGGAAGACUUUCACCACAAUUCUGAAAAAUGAGCAGUGUCUACCUGGUGCUGUGAUUGUCUCCAGGACUUGGACCCUCUAAGUUUUAAGGUCUGUUUCAGGCAUUAUGAGUGUGGUGUCCUGAGAGAUGCUGUUGUCCAUGAGAGGCUGGGAUUAUUAUGAUCAAGUGCUGUAUUUUGACUUCACCCAGUGGCUUAAAGAUUUGUGGGGUGAAGAAGAAGUGUUGGACUUUUAAGAGAAUUAAACAGGAACCUGGAGCUGACAAGUUUGGAUCAAAUACAGCAGAGUAGAUGAAUCAAAGAUUGGAAUUUCUGCAGAUUUUGUUGAAGUCAAUGGCCCGUGACGGAGGGUUAGCCCAGAUCAGUGGAGUCAUGCGUCACACAGCUCUAUCAUGCUGGCAGCUGCUCCUGGGUCUGGCUGUGCUGCUUGUCUUCACAAGCCCCACUGCGGGCUGCCCAGCCCGCUGUGAAUGCUCAGCACAAAACAAGUCUGUCAGCUGUCACCGAAGACGUCUGAUGUCCAUCCCAGAAGGCAUUCCCAUUGAGACCAAAAUCUUGGACCUCAGCAAGAACCGACUGAAAAGCGUUAACCCUGAGGAAUUCACAUCAUACCCAUUGCUGGAGGAGAUUGACCUCAGCGACAAUAUCGUCUCCAACGUUGAGCCUGGAGCUUUUAACAAUCUCUUCAACUUGCGCUCCUUGAGGCUGAAAGGAAACCGUCUGAAACUGGUCCCCCUUGGGGUGUUCACUGGGUUGUCAAACUUAACAAAGCUUGAUAUAAGUGAAAACAAGAUUGUCAUUUUGCUGGACUACAUGUUUCAAGAUCUGCAUAACCUAAAAUCCCUGGAGGUUGGGGACAAUGAUUUGGUGUAUAUAUCACACAGGGCCUUUAGUGGGCUGCUUAGCCUGGAGCAGCUCACCCUGGAGAGAUGCAACCUCACAGCUGUACCAACAGAAGCUCUUUCUCACCUCCACAACCUCAUCAGCCUGCAUUUGAAACAGCUCAACAUUAAUGCUUUGCCGGCGUACGCCUUUAAAAGACUGUUUCGCCUGAAGGACCUGCAGAUAGAGGCCUGGCCGCUCCUGGACAUGCUGCCUGCCAACAGUCUGUACGGUCUCAACCUGACUUCUCUAUCCAUCACAAACACCAACCUGUCUGCAGUACCUUACUCUGCUUUUAAACAUCUGGUUUACCUGACACAUCUCAAUCUGUCUUACAACCCCAUCAGCACCAUCGAGGCAGGCAUGCUGUCGGAUUUAGUGCGCCUGCAGGAGCUCCACAUGGUGGGGGCACAGCUGCGCACCAUUGAACCACAUGCUUUCCAAGGGCUCCGAUUCUUACGCGUGCUUAACGUGUCCCAAAACCUGUUAGAAACCCUAGAAGAGAAUGUAUUCCAUUCCUCCAAAAGCCUUGAGGUCCUCUGCAUUAACAACAACCCUCUGGCCUGUGACUGUCGUCUUCUUUGGAUUUUGCAGCGGCAGCCCACCUUGCAGUUUGGUGGUGAGCCCCCAAUGUGUGCGGGCCCAGACAGUGUCAGAGAGAGGUCAUUCAGAGACUUUCACAGCACAGCUCUCUCCUUUUAUUUCACCUGUAAGAAGCCCAAGAUACAAGACAAGAAGUUGCAGUACCUGGUAGUGGAGGAAGGACAGACCGUGCAGCUGAUGUGCAAUGCUGAUGGGGACCCACAGCCUACCAUCUCCUGGGUUACCCCACGCCGGAGGCUGAUCACAACUAAAUCAAAUGGUAGAGCCACUGUGCUGGGAGAUGGCACCCUGGAGAUACGAUUUGCCCAAGACCAGGACACUGGGAUCUAUGUCUGUAUUGCAAGUAACGCAGCUGGGAAUGACACCUACUCAGCCUCCCUGACAGUAAAGGGGUUUACUUCAGACCGUUUCCUUUAUGCCAACAGGACCCCUAUGUAUAUGACAGACUCCAACGACACAAGUUCUAAUGGAACUAAUGCAAACAGCUACUCUCUGGACCUUAAGACAAUAUUGGUGUCCACAGCUAUGGGCUGUUUCACAUUCCUUGGAGUGGUUUUAUUUUGUUUCCUUCUUCUUUUUGUGUGGAGCCGAGGGAAAGGCAAACACAAAACCAGCAUUGACCUUGAAUAUGUCCCUCGCAAAAACAAUGGUGCUGUGGUUGAAGGGGAGGUUUCUGGACCACGAAGGUUCAAUAUGAAAAUGAUUUGAUGAUAUUCUGCUAGCAGUGCUUUUUCUGUGGCAUUAAAACCAAUUAAAACAGCCUGGCAUGUGGAAUUGCUAGGCAGAAGCAGCUUAAUGCA